GCCAAUCAUAGCGAAGGCGGAAGUAGAGGACCGAGAGAAAAGUUGUGGCGGAAAAAUUAGCUUCGAUUAAAAAAAAUAGCGUAUUUUGUGUGUAUUUCUUUUGUUAAAUUGACCGUUUUCUACGAAUUUCUGGUUGGAAGAUCAUAUUCGGGAAUCAUGGCGUCCACCGCGGCGGGGAAACAGAGAAUACCGAAAGUGGCGAAGGUAAAGAAUAAAGCCCCGGCUGAGGUGCAGAUCACAGCUGAGCAGCUGCUACGUGAAGCCAAGGAACGAGAACUUGAGCUUCUUCCCCCUCCACCGAAACAGAAGAUCACUGAUGAGGAGGAGUUAAAUGAUUACAAAUUACGAAAACGCAAGGGAUUUGAAGACAAUAUCAGGAAGAACCGGACUGUCAUCAGCAACUGGAUCAAGUACGCACAAUGGGAGGAGAGUCUGAAGGAAGUACAGAGAGCUCGGUCUAUCUACGAGCGAGCGUUAGACGUGGAUCAUCGGAAUGUCACGCUGUGGCUAAAAUAUGCCGAGAUGGAAAUGAAGAACCGUCAGGUCAAUCACGCUCGAAACAUCUGGGACAGAGCCAUAACCAUCCUGCCCCGAGUCAACCAGUUCUGGUACAAAUACACUUACAUGGAGGAGAUGCUGGGGAAUGUAGCAGGCUGCAGGCUGGUGUUUGAGCGCUGGAUGGAGUGGAUGCCAGAGGAGCAGGCCUGGCACUCGUACAUUAACUUUGAGCUGCGCUAUAAGGAGGUGGAGAAAGCCCGCUGCAUUUAUGAAAAAUUUGUGACAGUCCACCCUGAAGUGAAGAACUGGAUCAAAUACGCUCGCUUCGAGGAUAAACAUGGUUAUAUUGCUCAUGCGAGAAAAGUGUACGAGAGAGCCAUCGAAUUCUUUGGUGAGGAGCAGGUCGAUGAAAACCUGUACGUUGCUUUUGCUAAAUUCGAGGAGAAACAAAAAGAGUUCGAGCGUGUACGGGUGAUUUAUAAGUACGCACUGGAUCAAAUCCCCAAACAGCAGGCCCAGGAGCUUUUCAAGAACUACACAGUGUUUGAGAAGAAGUUUGGAGACCGGAGAGGAAUCGAGGACGUCAUCGUCAGCAAAAGGAGAUUUCAGUACGAGGAGGAGGUUAAGGCAAAUCCGCACAAUUACGACGCCUGGUUUGAUUACCUGCGUCUGUUAGAGAGCGACGCCGACGCGGACACGGUCCGAGAUGUGUACGAACGAGCCAUCGCCAACGUUCCCCCCAUUACUGAAAAGAGACACUGGAGGCGUUACAUUUACUUGUGGAUCAAUUACGCUCUCUAUGAGGAGCUGGAAGUCAAGGACCCUGAAAGAACAAGGCAGGUGUAUCAGGCAUGUCUGGAUCUCAUUCCACACAAAAAGUUCACCUUCGCUAAAAUCUGGCUGUUGUACGGCAAGUUUGAAAUUCGCCAGAAGAACCUGCAGAACGCCAGACGAGGCCUGGGCACAGGCAUUGGGAAAUGUCCAAAAAACAAGUUGUUCAAGGGAUACAUCGAGCUGGAGCUGCAGCUCAGAGAGUUUGACCGCUGCAGGAAGCUGUAUGAGAAGUACCUGAGACGCCCAGAGAACUGCACCACCUGGAUCAAGUUUGCAGAGCUCGAGACAAUCCUUGAGACAGAAAGGGCGCUGGCCAUAUAUGAGCUGGCCAUCAGUCAGCCUCGUCUCGACAUGCCAGAGGUGCUCUGGAAGUCAUAUAUUGAUUUUGAAAUCGAGCAGGAGGAGUAUGAGAACACGCGUGGUCUUUAUAAGAGGCUCUUACAGCGCACACAGCAUGUCAAGGUAUGGAAAAGUUAUGCACAGUUUGAGCUGUCGAUGGAAGGUGAGGAGCGACUGCAGCGGUGCAGGCAGGUAUAUGAGGAAGCAAACCGAGGCCUGCGAACGUGUGAGGAAAAGGAGGAGAGACUCAUGUUGCUUGAAGCCUGGAUGAAUUUUGAGCAGGAGUUCGGCACCUCGGCCGACAAGGACAGAGUGAAGAAGCUCAUGCCCAAGCAGGUGAAGAAGAGGAGGAAGCUUACGGCAGAGGACGGGACGGACGCUGGAUGGGAAGAAUAUUACGACUACAUCUUCCCGGAGGACGCUGCCAAUCAACCAAACCUCAAGCUGCUGUCCAUGGCCAAAAUGUGGAAGAAGCAGCAACAGCAGGAACAGGAGAAACAAGAGGCAGAAGAGGAUGAACCUACUGAACCCACACAGCCAAGAGACGAGCAGGAGGAAAGCAGAGAAACACAGGAGCCUAUAGAGAGUGUGCCUGAUGAUCAGGACGACAGUGACAGCAGCAGUGAGAGUGAAAGUGAAACUAAAAACUAAAACUUUUCUUGACUUCCCAUGGUGGAAUAUUUACUUCUGGAUAUCUUUUUAGUUUUGAAGAAACAUCUAAUAAAAUUCUUCAACACUUUACUGAUUA